CAACUGGCGCAAGUUGGAGCAACAAGACAAAUGAUGAUUUGCACCUCUCACAUAUUGGCAUUCACAGAUCUUAUCGUAUCUGAUCUGCUCUAAAUAUCUGGAAGAAUAGAAUUUGCACCUCUCACAUAUCACUUGCAUAAUUGCAUUUCCUAUGUCUUCACUCCGAGAGAGAGAGAGCUGAGAGCAAUGACGAUAGUGGUGGACAAAGUGCUAGAGGAUCAGGUAGCCCAGGGAGUAAACGCGUUGGUACAAACUGUAGCAUACAAUGUGAAGUUGGUUCGUGGCAUAAAUUCUGAUAUAAAGGAUCUCACCUCCGACAUCGAAAUCUUUAGCGCCAGGCUUUUAGAAGCUUCCAAGAACUCAUGGGCAACUGAUCACCAGGUUUUGAGAGUUGUUGUCAAAAAUUUCAGAAAUGUUGUGAAUGAAGCCCAGGAUACGAUUGCCGACUACUUUGCACUGAAGGGGAAGCAUGUAAUGUCUUCUCAAAAUCUUGGGAUAAGAUUCCAUUUUGUGGAAAGAUCAAUAAAUUAGCGAGCCAGAUCCAGUCCAUAAGGGCUAACCUGGCUAAGAUUCGGCUAGAGCACGGACAAGAACUUCUACACCUCAUGACGUACAAAAUCAAUGAACAAAACAAGGCUCUGCUAACUCUCCAGGUUCGACCAACAGUAGACAAAGACAAGGUAUUUGGAUUUGAAAAUGAUUUGAAGACCAUAAAGGAUUUCAUAGAGGCAUCAUCCAAUAAUUUUAUUGUCAUCCCAAUUGUGGGGAUAACUGGGUCUGGAAAAACCAUAAUUGCCUCGAUGAUUUUUGAGGAUCAAUGCACUCACAAAAAAUUCGAAAAGUAUAUUUGGGUUCAUGUUUCACACGAUUUUGAUAGAAAGCAAAAAUUCAUUGACAUCCUCUAUCAAAUUACCAGUGGUACAAAGGACAUUAGUAUGAUGACUAAAGAAGGGUUGGCACGUGAAAUAUGUGAACUUCUAAAGAAUCAAAAGUACUUUGUUGUAUUGGAUGAUGUACGAAAAAAACAAGAUUGGGAUUCUUUUAAAGUUGUAUUUCCUACAAACUUGAAAGGGAGUACGGUGUUGGUGACCUCCCCAUAUGGCAAUGUAGUUGAUUCUAAUUGGAAAUCUCAUAAUUUAGAAAAUUUAAGCAAUGAGGAUGGUUGGUUGCUCUUGAAAAAUAGUGCUUUUGGUACAGAGGAAUGCAACGAGAAAUCAUUAGAAAAUGUGGGGAAAGAAAUAGCAAAUAAAUGUAAUGGAUUACCACUAGUUUUAGUAGCGGUCGGCGGUAUGCUACAACGUAGGGAUAUUGUUGACUGGCAACGGGUUGCUGAAAAUCCUUUUUUAGAAAUUAAUCGAGAAGGUCAAAUCUACCGUGACCGAGUAAAGAUGAGUUACAAUGAUUUGCCUCAUGAGGAGCUGAAAAAUUGCUUCUUAUAUUUUGCAUGUUUUCCCCUGGGACAUGAGAUUGUUGUUUGGAAGUUAAUUCGUUUGUGGAUUGUUGAAGAAUUCAUUCCAGCAAAAGAUGAGCAAGGGUAUGUUUUAGAUGCAGAAGUUGAAGCCAAAAAAUAUUUGAAUGAUCUUGUGGAUAGAAAUCUUGUGAGGGUGGUGAAACGAAGAAGAAAUGGGCAAAUAAAAAUUUGUUGUAUCCACAACACAUUACAUGAGUUUUGCAAAAGUGAAGCUGCAAGGAUAAAUUUAUUCCAUGUAAUGGAUGGGGGGCAAAGAUUAGAUGAGAAUACUUCUUCAACUCCUCAUGAGAAUACUUCUUUAAAUCGUCGUCUUUGUUUCCACUCCUUUACUAAAACAAAAUUUGAUGAGCUCAUCAAAUCCUACAACCAAGAGAGGAUUUUCCCAUUUGGCAGACAUAUCCAUUCUUUGUUCUUGUUUUCCUCUCAAAAGGGUGAGACUCAUUUUACACAAGAGAAAUUAUUAGAAAUCAUAGCAAACACCUUUCCACUUCUUAGGGUGUUGAACAUUGAAUUCUCGAACAAGUUAACGUUGCAAAGGAAUGAGCUUUUUAACUUACAUCUCCUUAGGUAUCUUGCCAUCAAAGGCAAUAAUCUCGAUUCUCUCCCCAAAUCAUUCAAAAAUCUUCAUGGAUUGGAGACUUUAGUGAUCGAGACCACAGCAAGGGAACUACAAAUUGAUGAAGGCAUAUGGAGCAUGAAAAGGUUAAGGCAUUUACACACCAACACCUCUAUGCAAUUACCCUUUCCUCCAAAAAGAAGCACAACUGACUCUGGAGGAAAAAACAUCCGCACACUUUCUACAAUAUUGCCAAGAAGUUGCACAGAAGAUAUCUUUCGAAAGACCCCCAAUCUCCAAAAAUUAUAUGUUCGUGGGGAUUUAUCAGAAUUUCUAAAUGAAUCAAAAAGUAGUUGUGUCUUUUUCGAAAAGCUAAAAUGCCUUGAAAACUUGAAGCUCUAUGGCAAGAGUGAUAAAGUGUUAACGUUCCCAAGGAGGGUCGAGCAAGCACCUAGGCUAAAAAAGUUGACCUUCUCCGGCACAGUAUUUAAUUGGAAAGACAUGUCCAUAUUGGGGAAGUUGGAGGAGCUUGAGGUGCUCAAGUUGGAUGACUAUGCAUUCAAGGGAGAGGUUUGUGAUCUAAAUAGUAUUGUUUUCAAACGGCUUCAAUAUUUACGCAUUGGAAGGACGAACCUAGUAACUUGGAAGGCCACACAAAAUAGCUUCCCAGCUUUACAACGUCUAGUCCUUCGAAAAUGUAGCUCCCUAAAAAGUAUUCCAGAAGCUUUUGCUAAUGUUUAUACCCUUGAGGUGAUGGAAUUGGUUGACAUGAGUGAAAGUGCUGUUCAGUCUGCGAAAGAGGUCAAAGAAAAGCUCAGAAACUGUGGAUUCCAGCUCCAGCUCCAGCUCGACAUAACCUCUAAAAUGGGAGAGGGAUCCAUGAUGGCAGGCAUGGACACAAGCAUAGAUACGCUAAAAGUGGUGGUUGAAUAUGCAGAGUCGAGCUUUGGGUUUCCUGACUUAUAUUCGGAGUUAAAGGAUUUGAGCUUAGAUAUCGAAAUGUUUUAUGCCAGGCUCCAAGAAGCUUACAAGAACUCAAUUCGACCUGUCAAUGUUUUCACAGUGAAAAACUUCCAAAUUAUUCUGAAUGAAGCCAAUGAUGCGGCUUUCAAUUACUGGUCCCUGACGAGGGAGUAUGACCACAAAACCCCCACAAAGUUUUGGCCACGCAUUGGAAGAAAUGUUAAAUCUUGUGCGAGUAAGAUCCAGUCUGUUAAGUCAAAGGUGAAAAUAAUUCGCCAACAAUAUGAAAUUGAUCUUCAAUCCCUCACCAUCAACCGGAACAAUAAUGUUCUGCUAACUCACCAGAUAAAGACACCGAUAGGCUUUGACAAAGUGAUAGAGAAAGUAGAGGAGGCGGUAAACAUGCUAGUCCAAACUGUAGGAGACAAUGUCAACCUGGUUUCUCAAAUUAUGAAGUCUGAGAUAGAGGACAUGGCUUCUCAAAUCAAAACAUUUACUGAGAGCUUGGUGGAAGCUUGUAAGAGCCCACAGGCCAAUGAACACCUUGUUUUGAGAAUAAUAGUAGCAAAAUUCGGAACACUAGUGAAUGAAGUCAGGGAUGUGGUUGCCAACUACUUUGCGCAGGAGAAGAAGCAUGGAUUGGCAAAAGCUUUUGAUAAGAUUCGGUUUCGUGGAAAGCUCAAUAAUGUUGAGAGUGAGAUCCAGUCCAUUAAGGAAAAAGUGAAAACCAUUUGCGAAGACCUCAAAGAAGUCCUUCGACACAUCCGGGAGGACUACUACAACAAACAUAGUGAUCUGCCACCUCUCAAGGUUCGCCCAGAGUUACCCGUAAAUAAGAUAGUGGGCUUUAAUGAUGAUUUGAAAAGUAUAAAAACUCAGUUAAUGGAAGCAUCCAAAGAUGUUUUCGUCAUCCAAAUUGUGGGGAAUGCCGGGACAGGAAAAACUACAUUUGCCUCAAAGAUUUUUGAAGACCCGGAAAUCCAAAAAUAUUUCACCCAUUGCGUUUGGGUUCAUGUUUCACGAGGGUUUCAAAGAAAGCAAAAAUUUAUUGACAUUCUACAUCAAAUUUCCAAGCAAACAAAAGAGUUUAGCAUGGCGUUAGAAGAUGUGUUGGAAGCUAUAAAGGAAAUAUUAAAGGAUGAAAGAUACUUGAUUGUAUUGGAUGAUGUGCGAGAAAAAGAAGACUGGGAUUCUUUAAAAGUUGCAUUCCCUACAAAUUUAAAAGGGAGUAGAGUCCUGGUUACCACCUGGAGCGACAAUAAUGCAGUUGAUUCUACCAGGAACUCUCAUAGUUUAAGAAAGUUGAGCGAUGAUGAUGGUUGGUUACUAAUAAAAAAUAAUGUUUUUGGUACAAUGGGAUGGUGUGACACAUCAAUUAAAGACCUUGGGAGAAAAAUAGCAGAAAAGUGCUAUGGAUUACCACACGCUCUAGUGCUGGUAGCUGGUAUCCUACGCAAUUAUAUAACUUUUAAUGGUUGGCAACGAGUGGCUGAUAAUCUGCUUCAAGAAAUUAACCGAGAAGACAAAAGCUACCAAGAGCUAGUAAAGUUGAGCUACAAUGAUUUGCCUGAUGAAAAUUUGAAAAAUUGCUUCUUAUAUUUUGCAUGUUUUCCCAUGGGUCAUGAGAUUAUUGCUUGGAAGUUAAUUUGUUUAUGGAUUGCUGAAGGAUUCAUUCCAACUGAAGAUGAGUGGGGAUACCGUUUAGACGAAGAAGUUGAAGCUUCAAAAUAUUUGAAUGUUCUUGUGGAUAGAAAUCUUGUAAUGGUGAAAAAAAGAAGAGCAGAUGGUAAAAUCAAAACAUGUUGCAUUCAUGACACAUUGCAUGAGUUCUGCAGAAGUGAAGCUGAAAGGGAAAAUUUAUUUCAUGUAAUGGAUGAGGGACAAAGAUUAUAUGCAAGAAUUUAUUUGGAUCGUCUUUGUUCCUACUACAAUGUGAACAUAUUUGAUGUAGAAAACAGUAAUCCAUCUGAUUCAUUCUCCAAUCUCUUUAACAAAAGGAUGGGUCCACUUCAAGAUGGUAAAUGGGUUAAUUCUUUGUUGUUGUCCUCCUCACAAAAGAGUGAGAUUCAUUCGACGCCAGAGCAGUUGGAAACCAUCCUAAAAACCUUUAAAUAUCUUGAGGUGUUGAAUAUUGAAUCCCUCAAAUUUAGCUCGCUGCCAAAUGAGCUUUAUUCCGAAGACAGUUGGAUCAAGUAUCUUGCAAUCACAGUUGAUAUCAGUUCCCUCCCCAAGUCGUUCGAACAUCUUUCAUAUUUGGAAACUCUAGUGAUCAAAACCACAGAAAGGGCGCUACAAAUUAAUGGAGGCAUAUGGAACAUGGAAGAACUAAGGCAUGUCUACACCAACACCUCUACGCAACUACCCUCUCCUCCCAAAACAGGCAAGCAUGACCGUAAACAAACCGAUAUCCGCACACUUUCUACCAUAUCACCAGCAAGUUGCACAAAUGAGAUCUUCAACAUGACCCCCAAACUCCAAAAGUUAGGUGUUCGCGGGGAUUUAUCAGAACUACUUCUCGAGAAAAAGCAAAAUGUUUGCUUGUUCAACAAUCUUCAAAUGCUAGAAUGCCUUGAAAACUUGAAGCUUCAUGGCAACUCUGAUGAGAAAGUAAAGUUGAAGGUCCCAAUGUCCAAUAAGUUUCCAAGAAGACUAAGAAAGUUGACCUUGUCUGGUACAUUGUUUCAGUGGAAUGACAUAACUGUAUUGGGAGGCCUGGAACAGCUUGUGGUGCUCAAGUUGGAUGACAAUGCGUUCUCAGGGAAACAUUGGAAUUUAAGCAGUGAUGUUAUUUUCAAAGAGCUUCUGUAUUUCCGCAUUGGUAAGAUGAACCUCAUAACUUGGACAGCUGUGGACUCAAAGAAAAGCUUUCCAGUUCUUGAAAGCCUGGUUCUCAGGAAUUGUAUUUCCUUACAAAAUAUUCCGCAUGAUUUUACUAAUGUGGACAGUCUUAAAGUGAUGGAACUAUUUGAUGUGAGUGAAAUGGUAGCUGAUUUUGCAAGAAAGAUUUGUGUGAAAAGGCAUAGCAAAACAAAUGUCAAAAUCAAUGGAUUCGACCAACCCAGCACCUCUAUUCGGUCACAAGAAAUGGUAAAUAACCAAGCUACCCAAGCACAUGGGGAUGAACAUGUCAACACCAGUGGAUUCAACCAACCCAGCACCUCUACUUCAUCACAAAAAAUCAUUCUACAGCAGCCCGAGGAACUUCUGCAACGAGUCCCUGGUGAUCAAGAAUCAAAGCUAUGGCUGGAGGUUGGUGAUCCUAACUCUUUUCCUUAG